AUGUAUCAACAAGCUGAACAAGAAGCUCUUCUCGCUGGUCAUGGUCGUGUAAAUCAACUUGGUGGAGUCUUCAUCAAUGGUCGCCCGCUACCGGAUGAUAUUCGUCGUCAAAUCAUCGAAAUGGCCAGAAACGAUAUUCGACCUUGUGCUAUCAGUCGUCAGCUUCGAGUGUCUCAUGGGUGUGUGUCGAAGAUUCUUUCACGUUACAACGAAACAGGUUCAUACAAGCCAGGUCCCAUUGGAAAUCGCCCCAAUCGAACGGAUAUGAAGACUAAUGGUCAACAGCUGUUCAAUGAAUUCGAUAGCACGACAGAAGAAUCUGACGAAAGCAAAAAUAAUUCAUUGAGUGACACAUUGCCAUUACGUCCAGUACGAAAUUUACCAAACAAUACACGUCGCUACCGUUCGUCAUUCAAUGCUGAGCAACUUGAAAUUCUCGAGAAAACAUUUGCUCGAACACCGUAUCCCGAUGUUUCUACACGUGAGCGACUGUCGCAACAGUUGAAUAUUGAAGAAAAUAGAAUCCAGAUAUGGUUCAGCAAUCGUCGUGCUCGUACUCGAAAAGUCGCACCCACGCCCGCUUAUGUGCUACCCGAAGAAGAAAAUACCAUGCCGUCAUUUCAAUCACCAGUGGUGGACAGAAAACCUAUGAGCAUGUCUGACGUUGUAUUCGAUCCAGCGAUUACCUCUAGUCCAUCCAGUGGCUACUGGCCAUCAUCGCCAGCCAUGUCCUAUGGGUCAAUGAAUUCGUCGUAUUCUCCGAUCAAUGGUUACUACUAUCCGACACAUGAUUCACCGGUAACUCCGGCUAUGUAUUCGAACUACGGUCUAUCGUACACACCUUACUCAUCUUUCUAUUAA